AUGAAAGUCUUCAAGUGCGUUUUCUCUGGAGAUGAGCUCUGCUCAGACUCUUACCCCCAUCUCGUACCUUUCGGGGACGACGCGUUCAAGGACGUGGCGUUCGAGGUCAAGGGGAGCCGCGUGACGAAGGCAGCUGAGGAUUUCGGAAUUGCUGACAACAGCGAGGAAGGAGAGGGCGGUGUUGAGGAUACAGCUGAAACGGUGAUUGACAUAGUGAAUGCGUUUCACCUGAGCGAGACAACAUUAACAAAGAAAGAUUUCACAACAUAUAUAAAAGGAUAUUUGAAACGUGUUAUGGAUUACCUUCAAGAGAACAAUCCUUCUCGUGUUGAACCCUUUAAGAAUGAAUCUGCUGCACUUGUGAAGAAAAUUCUCGGCAGCUUCGAUGAUUUUCAGUUCUUUAUGUCUGAAAGCAACGAUUUCGAGGCCUCUCUGGUGUAUGCAUACUACAAAGAUGAGGAAACAGCACCGAGAUUUAUUUAUUUGAAAGAUGGGCUUAAAGAAGAAAAAUAUUAA